AUGUCGGCUGGGACGCCCUUUUUGGCAAGCCAAUGGUACACGGUAGACGCCCCAACGAUGAUUGCCCCCCCCUCAAAGGCUAAAGCAGGGGCUGCGCGGCGGGAUGGCGUCCGGAGGGGCCGGGCGACCAAGCGCCAGGUGCGGAUGAGCCUCAAGGAACUGGCGGCUUUGGCGCAGACGUUGAUCCGACGGCCCCUCGCCGAUGCCUUUCGCCGCUGCGAGGGGAUGCCGCGGGCGGCCAGGGGCGCCCUGCGCGAGGCGCUCAAGUCGGCGGCAGCCAACGCGCGGCACAGGCACGGGCUGGCGCCUGAGGUGCUGGUGGUGGAGGAGUGCGCGGCGAUCGAGGGCAGCGUGCGGCAGAGGACGUUUUGGCGGGGGAGGCACAGGGUGGGCGGGCAGCCGCGCCAUUUUGCGCACCUGACGGUGGUUUUGAGGGAGGCGGGGAUGCUGCACACCGCCGAGGACUGCACAUUCCUGCGAAGCGAACCCCCACGCCAACAGGCCACCCCGGUUGCAAACCCCAGGCGUCCAGCAGCCACAGCGGCCAUGAAGCGGCUGUUCGGCACCAAGAAGGACCAGGCACCGCCGCCCUCGCUGGCCGACGCCAGCGGCAACAUCCAGAACCGCGGAGACACGCUUGAUGCCAAAAUAGCAGCUUUGGAUGCACAGCUCCUGAAGGCAAAAGAUGCAAUUAAGAGAACUAGACCAGGACCAACACAGGACUCUGCAAAAAAGAGGGCUCUCACAAUCUUGAAACAGAAGCGCCUUUAUGAGGGGCAGCGAGACCAGCUGUACCAGCAGCAGUUCAACAUCGACCAGGUGCAGUUCACCACAGAGAGUGUGAAGGACACAGUGAGCACAGUGCAAGCCAUGAAGACCGCCCACAAGGAGCUCAAGACUGCUAUGAAGGCCAAGGAGUUCAACAUCGACAAGAUCGAGAGCAUGCAGGACGGCAUGCAAGACCUCAUGGACAUGCAAAACGAGGUCAAUGAAGCACUGGGCAGGACAUAUGAUGUGCCUGAGGAGCUCGACGAGACAGAUCUUAUGGAUGAGCUGGACGCCCUGGAGGCCGACCUGGCCUUGGAGUCAGACCUACAGCCGGCAGAGGCCGUCCCCUCCUACAUGCAGGCCAACCAAGCCCCGCUGCCAGAGGCCCCUGCGGCCAUGCCUUCUGCUCCUGAGGUCUCCGCACAGCCUGUGGACGAAUAUGGGCUGCCCAUUCCACAGAGGAAUUGA